AUGAGUUUGCCCCUCAAUCCCAAACCUUUCUUCAAUGGAUUAACAGGAAAGCCAGUAAUGGUGAAACUUAAGUGGAAAAUGGAGUACAAAGGCUAUCUGGUAUGUGUAGAUGGCUAUAUGAACAUGCAGCUUGUAAACACAGAAGAAUACAUAGAUGGAGCAUUGUCUGGAUACCUGCAUGAAGUUUUAAUAAGGUGUAAUAAUGUCCUUUAUAUCAGGGGUAUUGAAGAAGGGGAAGAAGAUGGGGAGAUGAGAGAAUAGCAUCUUUUGUGAGGAAUUUUUAAAAUAUUUGUUUCUAGGUAAUAAAAUGUGUGCUUGCUUUUCAAAACAAUAGUAAAAUAAAAAAUAAGUAAAAAUAAAAAUAAGAGAAAAGAUUGGAAAUAUUGGUUGAGAACCU